UGCUUCUUAUUUCAUUUCGAUAUCUCAAUCAGUUCUUGAGAUACGAUAUUUCUAGUUGAUAAUGUUAACUUGAUAGCUGUAAAAUGUGCAGAGUUCUAUUUAAAGUACCAUAAUAACGGGAUUUAUGGAAACUAAUCGGUCUAGGUCUAGUGUUAGUUCUAGUUUUUGGUCAAUAAAAGUAUCCGUCUUGUUAGAUAGUACUGUCCAUGGAAAGUACUACCAACUUUGCAUAUUUGACAGUUGACUUAAAAAUAACUAAAAAUGUUGAUAACGUAGAAAACAAUUUUACCAUAAUAUAUGAUUUUUAUUUCCAGAAGUAAUUUUAUAUUUCCAUAGUAACAAUAAAACACAAUUAACAAAAACCUCAAUUAAAGAAAAUGUCUAAACGUGAUUUAGAAAGGAAACAACGAGAAGAACAAGAAGCGACAGCUUACGCUUUUCAAGAAUUUAUCCAAACAUUUCAAGACAAUUCAACCCCCCCAAAUAAGCUUUUUGUCAAAUCGGGAAUUUUAUACGCAAAAGAUAAAGAGAACGAACACGACAAAGGUAAAAUUUACAAUCCAAAACCUGUAUUAAGACACCACGGGAAUCAAGAGACGAUAAAGAAAGCGAUUGAAUGUGCGACUUUGUUAAGAGAUACUCGAAAUGAACGCAUAAAAUCUGGUAAACCAAAAUCGAACUUGGAACUUUUAAAAGAAGAAUUACGUCAAAGACAUAUUGAAAGAGAUGAACGCUUAAAAAUAAGAAAUGAAUCAUCUACACAGAAUUUAGUUUGUUUUGAAUCUGAUGAUGUAUCAACGACGAAUCUUUUCGUUGCAAACAUUAAUGUUAAUAUAACAGAGCAAGAUUUAAUGAAGAUUUUUGGUGUUUACGGACCAUUAGCGAGCGUUAAAAUAAUGUGGCCUAGAAAUGAAGAACGUGGUCGAUCUAACGUUGGAUUUGUAGCGUAUAUGAGUAGAAAAGAUGGUGAGAGAGCGUUGGAGUGUUUAAAGAAUCGUGAUGAUAUGCGCGUUGGUUGGGCUAAACCUGUUGAGUUACCACAACACCCUGUAUAUAUCCCACCUGAAUUAUUAAAAUUACUUUUACCACCCCCUCAAACUGGAUUACCUUUUAAUGCACACAUUAAAUCAGAUAUUUUAAGAAAUAAAGAAAACAUUGAUGAUGUUUUAAAAGAUGCUUAUGUAACAGUUACAAUUCCUUUAGAUAAAAAGUUUUUAGCCACAAUUCAUCGGAUGGUCGAAUUCGUCGUUAAAGAAGGUCCGUUAUUUGAAGCGAUGAUUAUGAAUAAAGAAAUUAAUAAUUCAAUGUUCCAGUUUUUGUUUGACAAUAAAUCGCCGAAUCAUAUUUAUUAUAGAUGGAAACUUUAUUCAGUUUUAAACGGCGAAAGCGUUUAUGAAUGGUCAAACAAAGAGUUUCGUAUGUUUAAAAACGGAAGUGUGUGGAUACCCCCAAUAACGCCUAAUUACAGUUUAGGAAUGCCCGAUAAUUUAGUUAAAAAUGAAAAAGACGACAAAAAAACGUUAUCGCAAGCACAAAGAAAUCGUUUGAUUAAUUAUAUUCAAAAUUUGAACUCGUCGAGGAUUAAAAUAGGAGAAACGAUGAUUUUUUGUAUCAACCACGAAAUUGCGGCUAAAGAUAUUUCGAUCUUAAUCGCGGAAUCUUUCGAAAAUGCCGCCACGAAUCCUCUCAAAAAGAUUGCUAGGCUUUAUUUAAUUUCCGACGUUUUAUAUAAUUCCUACAUUAAAAAAGGUGGAGGUGGAAAAAUGACUUAUAUUAAUGAAUUUCGGAGACAUCUUAAAAAGAUUUUUGAAAAUUUAGAAAAAUCCUGUGAUGCGUUAAAAUAUGAUAAAGAUAAAGAUGAUUUCAAAAAUAGAAUUUUAAAAGUAAUUCAUUCUUGGAAUAUUUGGAAAAUUUAUCCAAACGAAUUUUUACGACGUCUCGAAAAAUUAUUUAUAAAAACGAUAGAAAUCGAUGUAAACGAUGAUUCCGAAAAUGACGAACCAUUAGAUGGUCAAAAUUUAAUUAAACGAUCCCUUUUAAAAAACGAAAUUAAAACCGACUUAGCAAUAAGCGCGGACGUGACCAUUCUUCCAACGGCAAUUGCAAAACGAAAUUCUCAACCGAAUCAAUCGGAUUUCGUUCAAUCGAAAUGGGAAAGUGUUGACCCUCAAGACAUUGAAGCUCAAGCCAUGUCAACGAAACAAAUUUAUAAUAUGGAACUUGAACGGCAAAUGAAAGAAUUAAAAAGUCAAUUGAAUCAGAUUACGGAAGAGGAACGGGGAAAUUUACGUAGGAUUGAGGUGAUGGUGAUGCAAUAUCAAGAUGAAUUGGAAAGUGGGAAAAGAAAGCGGAGGAAAGGGAAGAAUUUGGAGGAGGAUGUAAAUUUGUAUCGUAAGGAACUUUUGGAGAAAAAUAAAAAUGUUGAGUAUAAACGAAGGUUGAGUCCGAUUAGUUCCGAUAGUUUCUCUUCGGAUGAAGAUAAAAAGGAGAGUAAAAAGAAGAAGUUUGGGCGAAAAGAUCGAAAGGAGAGAUAUCAAAGAUAUAAAAAGUAAAAAAUGUUUGCGGUUAUUGUUAAUAUUUUGAGUUAUGAAGUUAAAUAUAAAAAAUAUAUUGUAGGUACAAGUAGCGUUUUGCUCAAUAUUCCAGUUUAACAAAACGAUUGUUAUAAGAAGUAGAGGUGGGGGAAGAAGUCUUUUUGACUUGUCCAUUAUAUUAUGCUUAUUGUAGAAUUUAAAAUGAUGGCUGUUAUUGUGUUCUUUUCGUGUACAAUAUUUAUUUCAAAAGUAUCUUUUAGUACAUCUAGGAAGUCCAGUUUUCUUCAUUGGCAGUAGAUAAGAAAAGAUUUUUACACGCUGUCUAGGUAUUUUGAGGAACCUCAUCAUUUCUUGCCCGAUUCUUGAUUCUAUUAUUGAUUGAUGGAGUCUGUUGCUGUGGUUAAUCUCUUCAGAUACUUCAAGCAAGUACUAAAUGUAUAAUUUCUCAUCACGAGUUAAAUCCGUGGUUUUCGCUUAUGACACAAAUUCGUAACCACAAGUCUCCAAGCCAAGUUUAUAACCGAAGAUUCUUAUAAUCGCUCUUAUAAAAUACAUUAAAAAAAAUUUUACAUUAUAUUAAUACUUUGUAUUUUUUCAUAAUAUUCACUUGUUGCAUAGAUCUCAUUUUGCAACAAUUUUUCCUUCAUUAUUUUUUUAAUUUUUCAGUGUUCAAAGCUCUUAAUUUUGGUGAAAGUACAUUGUACUGUUUAACUGAUUGAUAAUGGAAGUUAUUAUGUGACUUUGAAAGUCUAUGUAGUACAUCCAUGACGUGUAUGAUAGUUAUGUGUAUCUGCAUUUUUGGGUACGUAUUCUUUUUCUGUAUGUAUGUAAUUCAAACAGGAUAGAAUAAAACAUGGAACAUGAUGGUAUUGUUAGUAUUUUUAGUGCCUUGAAAAUCGUUCGACAACUCUCAUUUGGACCUAAUUUUGCAAGUACUCGGCUUUUCUUUUGAGCUUUAAAGAUGACCUCAAUAUGGUUUGAAGCACCCCUUGUAAGAAUACCAGAUGUUGCUAUACUGUGAAAGUAUGCAAAAUACACACUUUUUGUUUCUUUGAUCCGUAAAACCCUUGACACCACUCUGAAGCAAUACAAGGAUGUUGACAACUUUUGUAUUAUUUGUGUUAUAUGUUUUUAUCACGCUAAGAUCGAAGAAAGUGUUACGCCUAGGAUUUUCACGGUUUCGUCCUUAACAUCCUCUCAUAUUUUGGUAUAAAACGUAAGAAUUUUGGUUUUUUCCUUAUUUAACUGCAGACUAUUUGAGUCAAACCAUUUUUUCGCUUGCUCUAACGUUUCAUUAGUUCUUUGUUGUAGCUGCUUAGGUCUGUAGAAGAAUUAAUAAAGGAUGUGUCGUCUGCAUAGAGACACAUUGAAUCAGCAUGUGAUUCAUGUGAGUCAUUUAUAUAUAGCAGAAAAAGUAGGGGUCCAAGAACAGAGCCCUGUGGGUAGAUUGUACUAUGUGGGUAGAAAUGUACAUAGUUGUAAACCACAGACGUGCAAAUAAGCAUACUGCACUGAGAGAAAUGGAUUGUACUAUGCACUAAAAAUAUACUAUAAGGUAUAAUACGUUUACUACGAAUAGUGACAGCGAGACGAGAUUGUAUUCAGUACAAUAAAUAUAAUGAAUAUAAUACAAUGAAUUGCUGCAUGUAUAAUAUUUUUUCUAUAAUACGAUUCGUACAUCUAUUUCUCUCAGUGUGUAUAAUUCCUUUUAAUUGUGUGUCUGUUUACUAGUUACUGUGACAAAAUCUGUAUAUUUUUGAGUUGGAUUUAUUUCAAAUUUUUCAUAUGCAGAUUCCCUUGUUUCCGCUAUAACUGAGUAUUUUUCCUUAAUAUUUUUGUUAUUCGUUUCAUUUUCGACUACUUCUGGUUUUUCGAGGUCAAUGCUCUGUUUUGGGUUCAUUUGUUCAAACGAAACAGGUGUUUGCUUUUUAUGGCACGUGGUGGUGCAUUCAAGUUUGUUUCAUUAUUCGAUAUUAUUUUUGAAGGUACCACCUCUGUUGGAUUCUCAAUAAAUUUUGGAGAAGUUUUCUGUAUUAUUUCCUGUUUUAUCAUGUUCAACUCAUUGAUUAAAAUUUUAUUAUCGUAUUUCAAUUGUGAUAUCUACUCUUAAAUGACUGGAUUAUCUUUUCUGUCAUGUUUCAUUAAUUUGCUUAUUCUAUCGAAAAUUUGAAGAGAAUCAAGAAAGUUUUUGGGGUUAGGUUUAUUUCACAUGAAUUGCAAGUCCAGGAUCUUAUAUUCCCAUUUUUUUUAAUUGCCCUGAAUUUCUCUUCACUUAUAAAGCGUGUUUUUUAUAGUAGAAGUAUAAAACUUUGAAAUGGAUAAAACAAAGAUGAAUUUUUGUUGAAAGCGCAGCUCCUGCACAUUAUGGUUGUUCAAUUGAUGAACGAAAAAGUCAGUAAUCAUGGCUCUAUAGUGGUCCCUAUUGACUGUAACGUUCUGACCAGCAUCGUUUUUAAAGAAGUACGAACCAAUGAUUCCACCAGCCGAUAAAGCACACUAAACAGUCAGUUUUUCUAGAUGUAACGGUGCCUCAACAUACACUUGAGGAUUACCAUCACUCCAAAUGCGGCAGUUUUGUUUAUUGACGUAUCCAUUCAAACAAAAAAAGGGAGCUUCAUCGCUAAACAAAAUUCGCUUAUGAAAAUCGGGAUCAACGGCAAUCUUGUUUUGGGCCCAUUCAUCGAAUCUACGCCUUGCUAGGUGAUCGUGUGACUUCAAUUCUUGCACGAGUUGGAUUUUGUAAGCACGCAAACCAAGAUCUUUCCGCAAAAUCUUCCAUAAAGUGGAUGGACACAUAUCCAAUUGAUUGGUUCGAGUCUUCCUCUACGUUACACUCUACAGCAGCAAUGAUUUCUUCUGUAGGCACUGUACGACGUCUCUGUGGAUGCGUGUUAUCAUUUAGAGUAAACGUGGUGCGAAAACGUUCCAUAGUUAAUGGGGAAUUAAUUGCUCUGAUGAACAGAUAUUUCGAACAGAACUAUGAUUUUCUAAAUAAAUGUGCACAAUUUGGAAGCGUUGUUGAGACGUCAGAGCGUCAGUCUAUUCAUGUUGAAAUGCCAAACAAAACUAAACAUAAAUCACUUGACAGCUGAGAAAAUGGCCGCCAGUUAAAAAAGUGUUGCCAACUUAAAAUUCUAUACCUUUAUAAAAAAAUACCUGUUAUUAAUGCAUAUGAUAAUUUUUCAGCGUAAUUACCACUAUUUAUGUAGGUAUAUAUUUAUAUAUAUUGUUUAAUAUUGUUAUUAAUUAUAACCAAUUAAUUCGUUAUAUCGAAAUUUCGAUCACCUCAUUAUAACGAACGGCUUACAAUCCCCUUGCGUGUUUACUACAUCGAGGGUUUACUGUAUUUGCUUAUUAUUGUCCUCCUUGAGUGUGAUGGGAAUAUAAUAGUGUGUACUCAACACCUUGCGCCCCCUGCAAAGCUUUUUUUUAACUCUAUGCAAUUUUUACUAAAUCAAACAGCUUCGUAUUUCAUUCUAAAAUGUUAAAAUUUAAAAAAAAAGAAAAUUCCUAGCAUUUUUCUUUAUUAAAUGUGUCUAAAGACCUUCACCACAACCAUUAUUAAGAGAUUAAUGUCAAUUGUCAAGAUUAAAUGUCAGAUUUGAUGUUUAAGACUGAAUUUUCAAAACGUUGAUUUAAAAAUUAGUCACCAAUUCAAAAUUCGUAAAGGAAUAAGAUCACAAAAUGACAAGUUUUUACAAUAUUCAUUUAAUCGCAGUGAUGAUUAUUAAGAGGUUAAUAUGAACUGUCAAAUUAAAUGUCAGAUGUGACGUUGCAGUGUCAGUUUGACGUUUAAGUGUCAAUUUUUGAAAUGAAUGUAUGGAUAGUUUAAAAUUUAAUUUGAAGUACAUAUUAGGAUAAUAAUAGUGAUUUUGAAAUUAA